AUUUUUGCUUUCGUGUUGUGCGCACGCUUUUGCGCUUACAAGGAUUUGAAAAUAGAAUCGUUUUUUUUUCGAAUGUUCCAGUGGAAAAUCGGUUCUGUGUUUGAAUUGAGUUCGAAAGUGUUAUCGUUGUGAACAGAUAUUGAUUGAUCAAACGCGUUUGGAUGUAAUUGGGUUGUUUCGUCAGUGACGACGCAGUGAUCGCUGAUUUGUUGCCGUAAUUAAAAUGAAAAAGAAGAGAAAAAUUAAAUCGCAGUGUUUAUAAAUAAUAAAUAAAGUGUUACAUUCACGCGCGUACAAAAAACAUUAAUAUCAAUGAGUGAUUAUGACCAGAUAGAGACUGGGCGUAGUGUCCAUUAAAACUUAAUAAAUAUUUAUAUAACAGCUUUAAAACUCUUCGGUUCUUUAAAAUAUUAAGGCAAAUACGUAAUCGCUUUGUUUGAACAUUCUUGGGACUGCCGCCUUUUGUUUAAUUUUGUGCUUAAAGUGGACUAUAAAAGCAAAACAGUGAAAGAACAAACUCGAAUGUAUUUACCGUACUACCAUUACGGAUUGUAAACAACAACGCAUUCGAGUUCCAUAAAUCAUAAUCAACUAAGCACGAUACAAAUUCUUAAAAAAAUAAAAAAAGAAUCGAAUUAGUGUGUUCAAAAAUGGCGCGAUAAAAUGUCGUAGAUUUGAAAAGGGAACACGAUUGUCGCGCGGCCGCGGGAUCUUUGGCGCCAAAUUGGCGCGUUUGCUAGUGAAGUGCUUAUUGCGGUGUCAAAGUGGCCGGGGACGAGCAUUUGGACAUGCUGGGGGGCCCGGAGUGGGGCCAGCGGGAGGCCACCCCCCCUAGAGACGCUCCCCUACCGAGUUUCGGUUUCACACAGGAGCAAGUCGCGUGCGUAUGUGAGGUACUACAACAGGCGGGCAACAUAGAAAGACUAGGCCGUUUCCUGUGGUCUCUGCCAGCUUGCGAGCGCCUCCACGCCCACGAGUCCGUGUUGAAGGCAAAAGCAAUGGUUGCCUUCCACCGGGGUAACUUCAAGGAGCUAUACCGGUUGCUCGAGUCGCAUAACUUCAGCGCACACAAUCACGCGAAACUGCAGAGUUUGUGGUUGAAAGCACAUUAUAUGGAAGCGGAGAGGCUCCGAGGAAGGCCGUUGGGUGCGGUUGGGAAAUAUCGAGUGAGGCGUAAAUUCCCUUUACCGAGAACCAUAUGGGAUGGAGAAGAAACCUCUUACUGUUUUAAGGAAAAGUCUAGAUCAGUGCUACGAGAUUGGUACCUUCACAACCCGUAUCCGUCGCCCAGGGAGAAGCGUGAGCUAGCUGAAAGCACCGGCCUUACUACUGUCCAGGUGUCAAAUUGGUUCAAAAAUAGACGACAGAGAGACAGACAAGCGGAGCAUAAAGAUAGCGGCGGUCCAGACAAGCAACUGGACUCAUCAACAGACGACGACAGUGACGCCCCGCACGUGACGCCUGCGCAUGCGCCGCCGAUAUACCCGCACGCGUUGUAUGAGCACCCACUGGCUCACCUGCCGUAUCAUCAUACGUGACCGUACUAAAUAAACCCUUUUGUAUUUGACCAUUUGUAUUUAAUUUUAUUUAACUGGAUUUGUAUUUGACCAUAUGGUUUUUGUAUCCGACUGUUUUGUAUUUGUAUGAUGUUUGAUAUAAAUGUAGCAGGAUUUUAUGAGCUGUAUCAGGACCUGGAUAACUUGCAGCACAACCGGAACCAUGAUAUGUGACCGUAAAAAUCUUUUGUAUUCGGCUGUUCAUUUGUGUAAAAUAUGAUUUUUAACAGGAUUUGUUUUAGCCGUAAAAUGCUUUUAUAUUUGAUCAUGAAAUGUUUUUUUUUAUGAGAUUCUUAAUAUUUAUCAUCAAUUUGAUAUUUAAUAGGAAUUGAAUUCGAUCUUUUAGUAUGCGUAUUCAUUAGAUCUUUAAUAGACAUUUAGUAACAGACUAUUACAUUUGUUCACACAAAAAUUGAAUUGAAUCCAUAAUAUGUGUAUAAUUUAUUAAUUUCACAUUUAAAAACGUUUGUUUAGGCCUAUGACUUAUAUACAGAUAUUGGAAACUAUCUUAUAAGAGGAGUAAAAAAUUACCUACGUAACUUGUAUUAGAGAAAAUUAUUAAAAUACAAGUAAAUUAGGCUGUUACACAUAACUUGUUCCCCCAAGUUCGUUAUAACAUAACGCCAUGUGAUACAAUACAAUAAUUGUAUUCGAUUGUAUUAGACCGUUAACAUCACAUUCUCUCAAAAAUUAAGCAUAUCGUACCAUACGUGUUAAUAACUAUUGUAUAAAUUUUUAUAUAUGACUGACAUUAUAAUUUAUUUUAAUUUUCAUUAAAAUUAAAAUUAAUAGCGUCUUAAUUAUAUUUGUUUCACAUAAACAUUUAUCGUCAAAAGUGCUACAAUUUUCAUAUUUUUGUAUAUGACCAUACAUAC